CUCUCUCUCUCUCUCUCGCGCUUUCUCUCGAAAGUGUUUGGCUUUCCCUCGCUUUCUUUUCUCUUCUUCACUCCACUCUGGAUUCGCUGCGCUUUCACCGAUAAAUCGUGCUUGUUGUUCUCCAAUUUUGGAAUUCGAGCAAGAGGAGAGAGGAAGCUGAUGGCGAGCGGUAGUGGCGUUGUGGAUCUUGCUGACGUCCCGUCGGUGGAUCUGAUGACGGAGCUCCUGCGCCGCAUGAAAUGCGCUUCCAAGCCAGAUAGGCGUCUCAUCUUCAUAGGUCCACCUGGGUCUGGGAAGGGCACUCAGUCACCUUUCCUUAAAGAUGAGUACUGUUUAUGCAAUUUGGCUACUGGUGAUAUGCUAAGAGCUGCUGUUGCUGCUAAGACACCUCUUGGGUUAAAAGCCAAGGAGGCCAUGGAUAAGGGAAAGCUUGUAUCUGAUGAAUUGGUUAUUGGAAUAAUUGAUGAGGCCAUGAAAAGGCCAUCAUGUCAAAAAGGUUUUAUUCUUGAUGGUUUUCCACGAACCGUCACCCAAGCAGAAAAGCUUGAUCAGAUGCUGGAAAAGCGAGGUACCAAAAUUGAUAAGGUGCUUAACUUUGCAAUUGAUGAUGCCCUAUUGGAAGAGAGGAUUACUGGGCGUUUGAUCCAUCCAUCUAGUGGAAGGACUUACCAUUCAAAAUUUGCACCACCUAAAGUUCCUGGAAUUGAUGAUGUUACUGGAGAACCCUUGAUUCAAAGGAAAGAUGAUACAGCUGCAGUUCUCAAGUCAAGGCUUGAAGCUUUUCACAAACAAACCGAACCGGUUAUAGAUUACUACUCCAAGAAAGGCAUAGUGACAAACCUUCAUGCCGAAAAGCCCCCUAAAGAAGUCAGAGAGGAAAUUGAGAAGGCUAUAAAAUGAGCACAAUUACAAACAUUUUAUAUUGAUCCGUGGUCGAGCUCACAGAAUUAGAAUCCAGUGAAGUUUGAACAAGCAUAUGUAAGUAAUGGCCUCUUUCCACCAUUUGCACUUCCCAUAUUUAAAUAAAUAUGUUUAAUUUUAUUUUCUAAGAAAUAU